GGUGAGCGGGUCCGCGUGCCAGCGGGUAUAAGAACGGGAAGCAGGCGCGCGCCUCUUGCAUUCCGUCUGCGGGUAUUGAGUCGAGCGCGCGCAGCUCCCCCCACCGAUUUGCUUCGGCCGUCUGCCCGCGCUAUGAAGACCAAGUUCUGUAACGGCGAAACCGAGCCCUCCCCGCUGGGGCUGCUGCUCGGCUGUAGCGCCGGCCCCGGGGUGGUCCUGCCCGCCGCGGGGCAGCCGCCGUCGCCGCCCACUCACCCUGAGGCCGAGGGCAAGGAGCUGGCGGGGGUGCGGGCGCCGCAGCAGCAGCAGCCACCGGCCACGUUGCCGCCACCUGAGGAGGAGCCCGACUCCCGCACCCGCCGCAAGGCGUAUCUGUGGUGCAAGGAGUUCCUGCCCGGGGCCUGGCGGGGGCUGCGGGAGGAGCAGCUGCGCAUCAGCCCCAUCAGAGGUGGCCUCAGCAACAUGCUGUUCCAGUGCUCGUUACCUGACACCAUGGAGACGGUUGCAGAUGAGCCACGAAAAGUUCUCCUCCGCUUAUAUGGUGCAAUCCUACAGAUGAGGUCCUGUAAUAAAGGAGGAUCAGGACAGGCUCAGAAGGAAAAUGACUUGCAGGGUGCAGAAGCCAUGGUACUGGAGAGUGUUAUGUUUGCCAUUCUUGCAGAGAGAAAUCUUGGCCCGAAGCUGUAUGGAAUCUUUCCACAAGGCCGAUUAGAGGAAUUCAUUCCAAGCAGAAAGUUAGACACUGAAGAACUAGGCUUACCAGAUAUAUCUGCAGAAAUAGCUGAGAAAAUGGCCAGGUUUCAUGGUAUGAAAAUGCCAUUUAAUAAAGAACCUAAAUGGCUUUUUGGGACAAUGGAAAAGUAUCUAAACCAAGUAUUGAGGAUUAAAUUUACCAGAGAAUCCCGGAUUAGAAAAUUGAACAAAAUCCUCAGUUACAAUCUUCCCCAGGAAAUGAAAAGCCUAAGAUCUAUGCUUGAAGCUACUUCAUCACCAGUUGUCUUUUGCCACAAUGACUGCCAAGAAGGUAACGUCUUGCUCUUGGAAGGCAGAGAGGAUUCUGAAAAACAAAAGCUAAUGCUUAUUGACUUUGAAUACAGCAGCUAUAAUUACAGAGGAUUUGACAUUGCAAAUCACUUCUGUGAAUGGAUGUAUGACUACACUUAUGAAAAAUACCCAUUCUUCAAAGCCAGUUUUUUGAAGUAUCCCACAAGGAUGCAACAGCUUCAUUUUAUCUCCAGUUACCUGACUGCAUUCCAAAAUGGAUUUGAAAAUCUAAGUAAUGAAGACAAGUCCAAAACGGAAGAAGAUAUGUUGAUGGAAGUCAAUAGGUUUGCCCUGGCAUCACACUUCUUCUGGGGCCUGUGGUCCAUUAUACAAGCGAAGAUUUCAUCCAUAGAGUUUGGAUACAUGGACUAUGCGCUGUCAAGAUUUGAUGCAUACUUUGACCAGAAGAGGAAACUUAAAGUGUGAAUGUUGGAAGAAUGGACAAUCUUACUGUACAAAGAAAGCAGCUGGACAGAACUUCCACUGUGCUUAGGCUACUGUAUCUGUAAUGAAGGUUUCAGUGGAUUCCAGUUUUUUUGGAAUGCAGAUAUACAAUUUGUGAAGACUGUACAAAAAUCACUUGGUUUAUUUGUUUACAGUUUCAUAAGAAAUCUUUGGAAUGAGAUUGGGAGGCAAAAGUAUAAUACAGCAGUGCAAUAUCUUGAAAUCCUUUUAAUCUAAAGGGUAUUUUAUAUUAUGGGGAAGCUUACAGUUAAGUGUGGAAUACCACAUGCAUCCAGAGCAAACAGUGUUACUGUUGGUACUUAAUUUUUUGUUUUUAGGGGUUUUAUUGACAUACUGGUGAACGUUGUGCCGAGAACACUUGUAGUUGGUAAUACAUUGUAGACACUACUGGUCAAUGGGAAGAUCAAUUGUCUGAGGACAACUGUUAUACUGUGAAGCUGGCUGAAAGGCCUUACUGUGAGUUAAUUGUAUUAGCCUCAUUGUGUCCCCUGAACAUUGUUUCAAGAAAGCUGCUGCUACAUACAGCAAAAUGGUUAAAGGACACAUUAAAGCAAUUUGCUGUCAAGUGUUAUCUAAAUUAUAGAUGAAUGUAGUUGUCGUCAUGUACAUGUCUUUGUAGAAUGAAAUACAGAUGAAUCUUAAACUGGAAAUUAUGAAGAGAUUUGGGAUGACUAAUCUAGUCAUUUCACAUCUUUCACCAAGAACAUGCUUUAUUGGUCAGCCUGGCUAUCUAGCAGUAUUGCAAUGUGCUGUAUAAAACUCUGGCAGCACUGGAAUGAGUGCCUUGAAUUACUCUAGCAACCCUGAUGACUGGAUUGGCAUUAACAAUACCCCCCGCUGAAGCCAGCCCUUCUCCUUGAACAGAGGGGUGUUACCACAUUACAGGUCUGUAAGGAAGGUGUGUUGGGGUGGAGGGAAUGGGGGAAAUCAGAAGAUAAUCCCCUUUCCCUCAGAGCGUGAUGGGAGGGAGACACAUUUUUGACCAGCUGAGGCAUAUUGGCUUCUAAGUUGCUUUUUUUACUUGUUAAACCUCUGACUUCAAUCUUGUUCCAGCAAUCCAGUAAAGUUGAGUGAUGUGGGAAACAGUAACAUGAUGUUGAAACGUGUAUAUAUCUGUGAAAUCUACAGCAUAUGUGUAAAUGUUCUCUGGAGAACUCUUUAGAUUUUUGGGAACUUGUUUUACUUUGGCCAUUGUUUUAUUUGUUUUUGUGCUUUCUGCUAAGACAUACUGUAUUAUAUUACAAUAAAUUUUUUUUAAGUAUUCCCUUA